GAGCAGUCUGUGUCUUCAGAUCACGUGUCUGAGGAUGGCGUCCGCGUUGAGAGGUGUUGCUGGAUCUCUGCUCAAGGCCCUGAGCAGUGCCCCCCGUUUGCAGGUCCUCUCUUCACGCUCUCUCUCAGGGGUGGAGGCUGCUCGCGCUGAUGCUGUAUUUAAAGUGACCAUGGUCCCUGGAGACGGCGUGGGACCCGAGCUCAUGACCGCUGUCAAAGAGGUUUUCAAGGCGGGGGACAUCCCAGUGGAGUUUGAGGAGUUCCAUCUCAGUGAGGUUCAGAACAUGGCGUCAGAGGAGAAAAUGGACCAGGUUCUCACCUCCAUGAAGAACAACAGAGUGGCAAUCAAAGGAAAGAUCCACACGCCCAUGGAGUUUAAAGGGGAACUGGCAUCCUACGAGAUGAGGCUCAGGAGGAAGUUGGACCUGUUUGCUAAUGUGGUCCAUGUGAACAGUCUGCCCGGAUACUCCACACGACACAACAACCUGGAUCUGGUCAUAAUCAGAGAGCAGACAGAGGGAGAGUACAGCUCACUGGAACAUGAGUCUGUGUCUGGAGUGAUCGAGUGUCUGAAGAUCAUCACCAGAGAAAAGUCUAGAAGAAUCGCUAAGUUUGCCUUUGACUACGCCACAAAGAAAGGACGCAGCAAAGUCACAGCUGUGCACAAGGCCAAUAUCAUGAAGCUGGGAGAUGGUCUGUUCCUGCAGAGCUGUGCUGAAGUGGCACAACUGUAUCCCAGAAUCAAAUAUGAAAAUAUCAUCAUCGACAACUGCUGCAUGCAGCUUGUGCAGAACCCGUACCAGUUUGACGUUCUUGUGAUGCCAAACCUUUAUGGUAACAUCAUCGAUAACCUGGCGGCGGGUUUGGUGGGUGGGGCCGGCGUGGUACCAGGGGAGAGCUACAGCGCAGAGUACGCCGUGUUUGAGACCGGGGCACGUCAUCCUUUCGCUCAGGCCAUGGGGAGGAACAUCGCCAACCCGACCGCCAUGUUACUCAGCGCCGCCAACAUGCUCCACCAUCUUAAUCUGGAGUUUCAUUCUCAGAUGGUGUCAGACGCUGUGAAGAGGGUCAUCAAACAGGGAAAGGUUCGAACUCGGGAUCUCGGGGGGUACUCGACCACAGGGGACUUUGUGACUGCUGUGGUGGAGAACCUUCGCCAUCGCCCAAACUACUGAAGACCCCUGACCCCUCUGUGACCCCUCUGUAACCCCUGCGUGACCUUUGUACUCCUCUCAUUUGGAUCCACACCUGAUUUAAUUCCACACCAAACACCUCUAAUGGGACUGUCAUUGCCCUUUUUGUGAAGGGUGCCCACGUUGUGCCUUUAACUUCACUUGUCUUUUAUAAUCUGUACCAGAUUUAAAACACAAGGGAGUAGCAUAUUUUGAUUUGAACUUUUAGCCCCACACACUUAGCUCUUUCUGCCACUGUGAUAUCACACUAUGACACAGAAACAACUGUCUGGGGGAGUGUCAAGUAGUUGUUUCCUCAUUGUUCUCACAUCCCUGCUACUAUUUGCUCUUUAAUGACUGUUGAAAAUUGCCCCAUGACUGAUAAUCAAGUGUCUGGCAAUUGGUUUCCCAUGAUUCUUAGCAACAGUGUGCCUGACUGGAUGAAAAAGGAGACUCUGUUAGUAGCUUCAGCUUUUACUAUAGGCUGGGUUAUGUAAAGAGCAUUUAAUCUAGACAAGAAUGCAUUCAAAUCAGGCACUGGCGCUUUAAUGCGAACUGUUAAACACAAACCCCAAAACUAAUAAAACAAAGACAAACUAACUCCACACAGAGGUUCUUAAAGCAAUCUGAUUCAAAACUGCUUUAUUUCGGCAAAGUUUGUGAUAUACAUUCAUAACUCUCAAUACAAAUUAACAAUAGAAUCUGUAGACUUGUGCUUUUAAAACAAUUACUUUGUUAUGGACUCAUGCACAGUUUAGCUAAAGGUACUGAGUGGGCAUCUGGUACAAAAGGGACAAAGAACAUUUCUGAGUCAUUACAGACACAUCUUAUUUGUAUGAGAUUCUGUUAGCUACAGCAGGUCCAAUUCUUCAUAUUUCUCUACAUUUCAAAUAAAAAUAAGUAUGAUUUUUAAUAUAUUUUUGACAUUCAAACAUAUCGUACAGUGCAUUGUUGAGACACUAUUGUAGCCACAUCUGCCCUGAGACAGACUGGCAGAAGUGAGGCUGCUAAUCUGCACCAUGCUAAUCUGACCACCAGCAACACACACACCACAUUUAUACUAAGCAAGAUGGGUGAAGUGUCUUGCCUAAGGGCACAACAACAGAAUGCACUGGAAUUUAAAGCCUUGUGGUCAGUAGAAUAACCAAAAAAUGUAUAGUAAAAAAAAAGGAUUACUACAAAAUAUGAGUUGACUCUAUAAACGUACAAAAUAGUAGAUUGACAUUGUACUAAGAUUACACUACUUAGUCAGUUUUGUUUCAUGCACAUAGACAUCAUAACUCAAAUGUAUCCUGCAUAUGAAAGUGCUGACUGCCUUCCUCAGUAUUUCCACAUAGUCUACAGUAGACAUGACAGAACAUACUGAACAUAUUAAGAAUUCAAAUGCAUUUACUUUAUUUGGAUCCAAAUGAGGGAGUGCCCAUUGUCUCCCGAUGUUAUUUAUGUUUAUGCCUCAUAUAUAUUUAUUAGUUCAUAUUCGGGCUGCGCAAUAUAUUUGAUAUGGCUGUUAAGAAAUGUGAUACUGAUGUUAAUGCAAUAUUCAAACCCUCCUUACAGUUACCUGUAACUUUCUGUCCAAUGCCCCUCUCACAAGCCACAUAGGCACCCAUGCUCCCACUUGGCAGUUUUACGUAAAUAUACACAAACAUGAUUCUGUACACAGCAACUUGAUAAACCUGAUGUGCAGUAAUUUCAUUAGUGGAAAGCACGCUGAAUGUGCUGUGAUAGCGCUCUGAAGGGGAAGUGACUUAGCACAAAGACCAAAAGGAGAGGAGACUUGGUGUCAAAAAUUAAACUGAAAUUUAUUUCACACGUUAAUACGUUGUUUUGGGCAAAUAUCACAUUUUCAAAACAAUAAAAGGAAACGAUAUGAUCUAAAUAUGGUAUGUGUUAGCAGUUAAUACUCCAUAGAAGUAAAAUGUCCUCUCUUUUUUUUUUUUAAAUGCAUUUUUGUCAGAUGUAGAGCCUUGGUUCUAUUACGAUAUACUGAUGUUGUGAUGCCGAAUAUUGUAUUGUGAUAUAGAUACUUUUGCGAUAUAUUGUGCAGCCCUCAUUCAUAAUUUCACUUCAUUCUGUUUGUUUAAGCCAUUUGGUGUUUUGUCUUUUGAUAUUGGUUCCAUUCACAAAUAUUCCUGUUUUAAUAAAACCUCCCAUAACGCUCUGCGUCAUGAUACAGACGUGUGAUGUGCCUUUAACCAACUCAGCCAGAAAUAAUUUUGGACUAAAACUAUUCACUUUGACAAUGUUUGAAAUAAAUCACACUUCCUAACUGAAUAUGAAUUGCUUUUGUUGCACUUUUGUGACUUAAAUAUUCCUGUAACAAAGUGAUGCUGUUGAAAAACACAGAUACUUUGGUUCAUCUCAUUCACAUAUUUAUACAUAACUUUGUAUUUGAUGGGGUAAUGACUUCUGAUAUUAAAAAUCUGUGUGAACUAA